AUGGCACACUGCAAGACCGAGCAGGAUGACUGGCUCCUGGCCCACCUGAAAUAUCUGCUCUUCAUCUUCAACUUCUUCUUCUGGGUAGGUGGGGCAGCUGUCAUGGCCGUGGGUAUCUGGACACUGGUGGAGAAGAGCGGCUACCUCAGCGUUUUGGCCUCCAGCACAUUCGCUGCCUCUGCCUACAUCCUCAUCCUCGCUGGUGCUCUUGUCAUGACAACUGGCUUCCUGGGCUUCGGGGCCAUCAUCCGGGAGCAGAAGAGCUGUCUCUCCACGUAUUUCUGCCUGUUGCUGGUCAUCUUCCUCGUGGAGCUGGUGGCAGGGGUCCUGGCGCAUGUAUACUACCAGAGGCUGAGUGAUGAGCUGAAGCAGCACCUGAACAGCACCCUGACUGAACGCUAUGGGCAGCCGAGGGCCGCAGAGAUCACAGCCUCCAUGGACCGGCUGCAGCAGGACUUCAAAUGCUGUGGCAGUAACAGCUCGGCCGACUGGCAGCACAGCACAUACAUCUUGUCUCGGGAAGCCCAGGGUCGCCUGGUGCCCGACAGCUGCUGCAAGACAGUGGUGCUGCGCUGUGGCCAGCGGGCCCACCCCUCCAACAUCUACAAGGUAGAGGGAGGCUGCAUGGCCAAGCUGGAGCAGUUCCUGGCUGACCACCUGCUGCUCAUGGGCGCAGUGGGCAUCGGGGUGGCCUGUCUUCAGAUCUGCGGGAUGGUUCUCACCUGCUGCUUCCACCGAAGGCUCCAGCAACACUUUUACUAAAGGAGGCCCCUGGAGCCUGCUGACUACCCCGCACAAGGGCCCUCGUCCCCACGUCCUGAACCAGGCCUGCAGAGUCAGCAGCUGGGUCAUGAACUGCCCCCACCCUCUGCAGAACCCACCAAGUGCCUGUGAUUGUGGCUCCUGCACGUCCCUCCUGGGCAGGGUCCUCGGCUCACUCCUCCAUUUAUUUAGCACUCAUUCACUGCCAGGAUCCUUGGCAAGGGAUGGUCCUGGCAAGAGGCACCCAGAGUCCUUUGCCAGGCAUGAAACACUGGACUACAGGAGAGCCAGAGCUCAGCUUCCUCUGUACCAUCUCAUUGCCUGAGUCUGGGAUAGAAGGCUGGCAGAUGGGUCCUUCCAAGACUCCUGUAGGACUUGGUGUGUGAUUCCCACUGGCACAGGAUCCCACCCAGCUCUCCACUUUGGGCAGACUGGGUUAGCUCACCCUCUCCCAAAACCUAGCUGGUUUCCGGAUCUUUCCAUACAGUAGCUGGCCAUGCCCUUCCUGUAGGGCCUAGGACAGAAGUGGUCUAAGAUGGGGCAGCUUAAGGCCAGGCUGCUGGAGCCACCAGGACAGGGCACUAAGGAGACAGGUUGGUAACAGCAGGGUGUGUGGCACCUUAGAGAGAGUCACUUGAUGAUCACGAGCCCCAGCCCCCAGGGAUAUGUCCUGUUCCCAGUCUUGACUCCCAGGAUGCCAGGUUUAAAAUGUUAGUGAAUGUAAAACUCUUGCCCUGUGGACCACACCUCGGGCUGGUAAGUCAGAGCUGCCGAGGAGAGGAAGCUGUGAGGAGGGAGUUACUCUGCCUGCACCCCAUUUCCUGGUUCCUUCCUGCCCACUGUGCUCUCUGCGUCCCUCUCCACUGUCCCGGACUAGACACCGUUCCUUCCUUUGCCUCUCUCUUUAGUCACUGAGUGAAAUAGAGACUAUUCAGGAAGAACUCCCCGGGCGUUAAAGGAGACAGAAGAAAAUCCUAGAAAAAAAGUAAAGGUUGGGAGCAGGUAUCAACUCGGAGACAACCAUAGGGGAUCCCUUCUACAGUGAUUAUUGCUUCGGGCAGCUUUGCAACACCAGGACUCCAAUCCAGCUGCUGCUCCACGUGGGUCCUGCUCAUCUCUCCACAAUAACAAACCUCAGCUCCCCCAUGAACCAGUGGCAUCUUGUUGACCAAAAGCGCUCACAGCUCGCCUUAUACCUGACCCAGUUCUUACUGCAGAGCAUCCAGAUCCUGCUGAGCUGGGUCGGUUGUUGAGGAGAGAUGAGCUCCCAGUCGUACAUGGGUAGACUAAGGGCCACUGGUUACUGUCACCAGCAUUGCUUUGAAAUUCCAUUCGCGGGGCAGCAGGUAGUUGCAUCCACAGAGGGAACAUCAGACUCUCAUCGGGCCAGCCUCCUCCACUCUGGGUUUCUCCAGGGACUAGGUGAAGCCCAGGCUCGCUUAUGUCAUCUGCCUGAAGGGCCCUGGGUUGUCUGUGCAAGCUCAGUAAAAACAAGACACUCCCAACAAUUCCAGACGACAUCAUGGCCAAGAGACAAUCUUAGCUGCCCUCUGUCCUCCCAGAUUCUUGCAGAUAUUCAAAGACUAGCUUUGAUCUCCAAGCUUAUAGACUCCAUAGACUCAUAUAGAGAGAGGAUUGGGGACAAAAAAGGUGUGGGACCCAAACCGUGUUCCUCCUGAAGAGGCGCUGAAGGAAGUGAUAGUGUACAAAGGGACACUGUGGCCUCAGGCAUCCGCUUUGGUAGACUCCCUUAAUCCUUGGGGAAAUGAGGACAGAGGUGAUAAGUAGGUACCAUUUCUACAGCCUUGAUGCAGAGGUAGUCCAGGAGAGCAUGGCUCAUUGGCCUCAGUCCGAGCUGCAGAGUGAGUGGACAGCCCCAGAUGUGAUUCCCUUGAUCACAACAGCCUUGGCGACAAGAUGGGGUUAGAGGACAUGAAACACACAGUAGGCCAGGUUUGGUCCAACAGCUGCAAAGGCUGGAGCCAAGGAUGGAAUCUGUAGUGAGGUGUGUCCAGUGCUCAGGAUAUUUCUUCCUAUUUAGCCCUAGGGACAGGUCCCUAUUCAGAGGGUGUCACUCUGAGUUCCUUAGAGAGAGGGAAGGACAUACCUAUAGAGUGUCAUCCUCAGUUCUGGGUCAGCACAGACAUACUGGGGUCCCACACCAGGCUCUGAAGUUAGCAUGGCUGAAGCCAGCAUAUCCUCACCCUGAGCAUGAGUCACCUUUCCCUAAGCUCAAAGUGGCUACCUCAAAAACACAGCAUGCCCCCAAAUGCCCCAGGUGGCCAGUGUUUGGGGAACAAGGGUGAACCUUAGCCUAUGAUAAGAAGAUGGGGUGUCUACGUACAUUUGUCCCUUUCCCUCCUAGUGGUGUACCCCCACAGCACCUCUGACAUUGCUUCGGGGAUGUUCACUAAGGACCCGUAUGCCUCCUUCAAUGUUAUCCACAGCGACACCAAUGGGAUGUGCUCUAGUCCCCAUUCUGCAGAUGAAGAAACUAAGGCUUGGUCAAGUUGAACAUCAGUGGUGAUGGCUGUUGCCAUGGCACCAGCCAGGUGGACUCAAAGAAAGCAGGACUACAAGCCCCUCUCCCCCCAGCACCAGCCGUCAGGUUGGCAUUCAAGAACAGA